AUGGCGAAAGAAAAGGUUGUCGUACCAACCAAAGACGAGAUCAGAGUCCUAGGCUUCAACUCGGAGCAUACUCAUGACCUGAUACGCCAAGCCCAAGAGGCCGAUUCUGCUGACAGGCAGCUCACCAUCAAGGAAGCGAUUAAGAAGUAUAAGAAAGCAUGCUUCUGGGCCAUGAUAUUGUCGACCAGUCUGGUUAUGGAAGGCUACGAUCUGGUGAUUAUCAACUCUUUCUACGGACAGACUCAGUUCCAGAAUCGUUUCGGUACUUACGACGCAGCGACCGACACUAAAGUCAUCACGGCGCAAUGGCAAUCAGUUCUUUCUAAUUCGGCUGUGAUUGGACAACUUGUCGGCUUGGCCAUCAAUACCUACGCACAGGACAAAUUUGGGUGUCGUCGGACUAUGAUGACCUUCAUGGUAUGGAUGCUGGCCGCCAUCUGUAUGUACCGCUCUCGUCCCUACACGAUACCCAAGUAUCCCAUCUUUGUCAUCUGGUGGUAUUCUGGAGCCGAGUACUUUCUUCGUCCUAUCAAUCAGAAGAUUAACACGCCCUGUCUGGUAACAGUCAUACCGUUUUUUGCCCCGUCCCUAUCCGUCCUCGCUUUUGGGGAAUUCAUCUGCGGAAUUCCCUGGGGUGUCUUCCAAACACUUUCGACCUCGUAUGCGUCUGAAGUCGUCCCCACCAUUCUCCGCCCUUACGUCACCGCCUAUGUCUGCAUGUGCUGGGGCGGUGGCAUCCUGCUUUCCUCAGGUGUGGUUCGGGCCGUCGUCAACGUCGAAGGUGACCUUGGAUGGAGGCUACCAUUUGCACUGCAGUGGGUCUGGCCGAUCCCAUUGUUCAUUGCUGCGUACCUCGCGCCAGAGUCGCCCUGGAACUGUGUACGCCGUGGCAAGAUGGAAGAGGCCCGUCAGGCACUCACGAAGCUGCGCCAGGACACUCCUGGCCGGCAUCAGCAGGUCGAGUACAACUUGGCAUACAUCACAUACACGACCGAGCUGGAGAAGGCCGAGACAGAAAAUGCAAGCUUUGCCGACUGCUUCAAAGGGACCAACCUGCGACGCACAGAAAUCAAUUGCGUUGUUUGGGCUGCUCAGAUCCUCUGCGGCAACGCCGUUCUGGGCUUUUCGGUAGUUUUUCUCGAAGCAGCUGGGUUCAAUGAGGUCCAGGCCUUUGACCUCAAUAUCUCGCUGUCGGCAUGUUACAUUGUUGGGGGUGCGAUCUGCUGGCUGCUCAUGCCUCGCCUAGGAAGGGCCACCUUAUACAUGGGGGGAAUGACUUUCAUGUUCUUCUGUCUUGUUGCCAUAGGUGGACUUGGCUUCUACACCAGCCAACAGUCCCAGCUUGCUAUCGGAAUUCUGCUCGUAAUGUCUACGCUGGCAAACAUGACGACUAUAGGUCCAGUCUGCUACCCUAUCGUCGCCGAGACACCCUCCGGACGCCUGAGAUACAAGACCAUCACCAUCGGCCGUUUUGUUUACAAUGUCACCGGCAUUUUCAGCAACUCAGUUACUCCACGCAUGAUUUCUGCGACUGCCUGGAACUGGGGCGCUAAAGCCGGUUUGUUCUACGCCGGCACUAACUUGCUCUGCAACAUCUGGUGCUGGUUUCGCCUGCCCGAGACAAAAGGACGCACUUUUGGAGAGAUUGAUUUAAUGUUUGACAAUCACGUCCCUGCACGCAAGUUCAAGUAUACCACAGUGGACCAAUUCGCAGUCGAUACGUCGGCAAAAUCCGUUGCAGGCUCUAUCUCGGACAAGCACGCGCAUGAUGGUGCUCACAUCGAACAUGUCAGCUGA